CAAGCGGGGCUCGCCGCCUGCUGCAAGCGCCGCACCGCGACCUCGGCCCGCGCGGGCUAUGGCUGCCCUGGGGCUGAGCGCGCAGGCUGUGUGACUGAGACUGACGAGAAGGACUGAGAAGAGAGGAAGACGGGGCGGGCUCCUGGCAAGGCUUUAGCUCGACCCACACCUGCAAAAGAUGGAGAAGGAGGAAGAGAAGACCCGGGAGCUGCUGCUGCCCAACUGGCAGGGCAGUGGUUCUCACGGGCUGACCAUUACUCAGACGGACGAUGGCGUCUUUGUGCAGGAGGUGAUGCGGAACUCCCCUGCGGCCCGCACGGGGGUGGUCAAGGAGGGGGACCAGAUUGUGGGGGCCACCAUCUACUUUGACAACCUGCAGUCAGAUGAGGUGACACAGCUGCUGAACACCAUGGGGCACCACACUGUGGGCCUGAAGCUGCACCGCAAGGGGGACCGCUCCCCUGAACCUGGCCAGACUUGGACCCAUGAAGUCGUCAGCUCCCACAGCUCGGAAGUGGUUCUGAGCGGGGAUGACGAGGACUACCAGCGCAUCUACACCACCAAGAUUAAACCUCGGCUGAGGUCGGAGGACGGCGUGGAAGGGGAUCUUGGGGAGACCCAGAGCCGCACCAUCACGGUGACUAGACGGGUCACGGCCUACACUGUGGACGUGACGGGCCGGGAAGGAGCCAAGGACAUCGACAUCAGCAGCCCUGAGUUCAAGAUCAAGAUUCCACGGCACGAACUGACCGAAAUCUCCACUGUGGACGUGGAGACCCAGCCUGGGAAGACGGUGAUCAGGCUGCCCUCAGGCUCGGGCCCGGCGUCUCCAACCACGGGCUCUGUGGACAUCCGAGCAGGCUCCAUUUCUGCUUCUGGACCAGAGCUUCCAGGCGCUGGCCACUCGAAGCUCCAGGUCACCGUUCCUGGGAUUAAGGUGGGAAGUCCAGGCAUCAGUGUCAAUGCCAAGGGCAUGGACUUGGGUGGCAAAGGAGGGACCCACGUUCCAGGAGUGGACCUUUUGUCUUCUCUUGGGGGUGGUGUGGUAGAGGGGCAGGGGUUGUGUCUCGAGAGCGGCAAUAAUGGGAAAAUCAAAAUUCCUGCCAUGCAGGUGCCAAAAUUUGGCAUCUCAGCAGGGCCAGAGAGCCAGGUUCCAGAGUCAGGGCUGAGUGUGUCUGCCCCUGAAUUCUCUGUGGGGCACAAGGGCAGCAAGCCAGGCUUAAGCAUUGGCGGGAACAUCCAGACCCCUCAGCUAGAAUUCACUGCUCCCUCUGCCAAUGUUGAGGGGAAGCUGAAGGGCCCCUCGAUCACUGGGCCGUCGCUUGAGGGUGAGCUAGGCUUGAAGGGUGCCAAGCCACAGGGGAGCCUGGGAGUUGACCUCUCUGCUCCCAAAAUUGAGGGCAACGUCACCAGCCCUAGUGUGGAAGUUCAAGGCCCUGAUGUUGAUAUUCAGGGGCCUGGAGGCAAACUGAAUAUGCCCAAGUUGAAAGUGCCCAAAUUCUCUGCAUCAGGUUCUAAGGGAGCUGGCAUGGAUGUGACACUGCCCACAGGUGAAGUUACUGUCCCUGGGGUAUCUGGGGAUGUUAGCCUGCCUGAAGUUGCUAUUGGGGGGCUAGAAGGGAAGAUGAAGGGUACUAAAGUCAAAGGUCCUGAAAUGAUUGUUCAGAAACCUAAAAUCUCCAUGCAGGACGUGGAUCUGAGCCUUGGGUCCCCGAAACGGAAAGGAGAUAUUAAGGUUUCUGCUCCUGGGGUGCAAGGUGAUGUGAAAGGCCCUCAGGUGGCAGUUAAAGGCUCCAAAGUGGACAUCGAGACACCCAGCCUAGAGGGGACUCUGACAGGCGCCAAGCUUAGCGGUCCUUCCGGGAAAGCAGGAACCUGCAGGAUCUCCAUGGCAGACGUAGACUUGAAUGUGGCUGCACCUAAGAUGAAAGGGGGUGUAGAUGUCACACUCCCAAAAGUAGAAGGGAAAGUCAAAGGCCCUGAAGUUGACAUCAAAGGUCCCAAUGUGGAUGUCAGUGUUCCCGAUGUGGACGUCCAUGGCCCAGACUGGCACCUGAAGAUGCCCAAGAUGAAAAUGCCCAAGUUCAGCAUGCCAGGAGUCAAAGGGGAAGGCCCAGAUGCAGAUGUCAAUCUACCCAAAGGAGAUGUCAGUAUCUCAGGACCCAAGAUCAAUGUGGAAGCCCCCAGUGUCAGCAUAGAGGGGCCAGGAGGCCAGCUGAAAGGCCCUGAUGUUAAGCUGCCCGAAGUGAGUGUCAAGACACCGAAGAUUUCCCUCCCCGACGUGGAUCUGCAUGUUAAAGGAACAAAGGUGAAGGGAGAGUAUGAUGUGACGGUGCCAAAACUUGAAGGUGAAAUGAAAGGCCCCAAAGUGGACAUCAGCGCCCCAGAUGUGGACGUCCAUGGCCCAGACUGGCACCUGAAGAUGCCCAAGAUGAAGAUGCCCAAGUUCAGUGUGCCUGGAGUCAAAGCAGAAGGCCCAGAAGUGGACAUGAGCUUGCCCAAAGCUGAGGUGGACAUCACUGGGCCCAAGGUAGACAUUAGCACUCCAGAUGUGACCAUGGAGGCACCGGAAGGGAAAUUGAAAGGGCCCAAGUUUAAGAUGCCUGAGAUGAACAUUAAAGCCCCGAAGAUCUCCAUGCCUGAUGUGGACUUGCACUUGAAGGGCCCUAAAGUAAAAGGAGAAUAUGAUGUCACAGGGCCAAAGGUCGAAGGUGAGAUUAAAGUUCCUGAUGUUGAGCUUAAAAGUGCCAAAGUGGACAUUGAUGCUCCAGAUGUUGAAGUUCAUGGCCCAGACUGGCACCUGAAAAUGCCCAAGAUGAAGAUGCCCAAGUUCGGCAUGCCCGGUUUCAAGGCAGAGGGUCCGGAAGUGGACGUGAGCCUGCCGAAGGCUGACAUUGACAUCUCAGGCCCCAAGGUGGAUGUUGAUGCUCCAGAUGUGAAUAUUGAAGGCCCUGAAGGAAAGCUGAAGAGUCCUAAGUUUAAGGUGCCUGAGGUGAAUAUCAAGGCCCCAAAGAUUUCCAUGCCUGAUGUGAACUUACAUAUGAAAGGCCCCCCGGUAAAGGGAGAAUACGAUGUCACAGUGCCAAAGCUGGAAGGGGACUUGAAAGGGCCAAAAGUAGAUAUCAGUGCUCCAGAUGUUGAAGUUCAUGGUCCUGAUUGGAACUUAAAGAUGCCAAAGAUGAAAAUGCCCAAAUUCACUAUGCCCAGCCUUAAAGGAGAAGGCCCAGAAUUAGACGUGACCCUGCCAAAGGCUGAGGUGGACACUUCUGCACCCAAGCUGGAUAUCAGUGCCCCAGAUGUAAGCCUUGAAGGACCAGAAGGGAAGUUGAAAAGCCCCAAGUUUAAGAUGCCUGAGAUGCAUUUUAAAGCUCCUAAGAUGUCUCUGCCAGAUGUUGACCUGGAUCUUAAAGGACCCAAAGUGAAAGGAACUCUAGAUGUGUCUGCACCAAAAAUAGAAGCUGAGAUGAAAAUUCCAGAUGUGGACAUCAAAGGUCCCAAGGUAGACAUUAAAACCCCAGAUGUGGAUGUCCAUGGCCCAGACUGGAACCUGAAGAUGCCCAAGAUGAAGAUGCCCAAGUUUGGCAUGCCCAGCUUCAAAGCAGAGGGCCCGGAAGUGGAUGUGAACCUGCCCAAGGCUAACAUUGACAUCUCUGGACCGAAGGUGGACAUCGAAGCUCCAGAUGUGAGCCUUGAGGGUCCAGAUGGCAAGCUGAAAAGCCCCAAGUUUAAGAUGCCAGAGAUGCACUUCAAGACCCCCAAGAUCUCCAUGCCUGAUGUGGACUUGCACUUGAAAGGCCCCAAAGUCAAAGGGGACGUGGACGUGAAUGUGUCUGUGCCCAAGACAGAAGGUGAAAUGAAAGUGCCAGAUGUGGACAUCAAAGGACCCAAAGUGGACAUCAGUGCCCCAGAUGUGGACGUUCAAGGUCCGGACUGGCACCUGAAGAUGCCCAAGAUGAAAAUGCCCAAAUUCAGUGUGCCUGGAGUCAAAGCAGAGGGUCCGGAAGUGGACUUGAGUCUGCCCAAGGCUGAUAUUGACAUUUCUGGACCAAAAGUUGAUGUUGAAGCUCCAGAGGUGAGCCUUGAGGGUCCAGAUGGCAAGCUGAAGGGCCCCAAGUUCAAGAUGCCAGAGAUGCACUUCAAGGCACCCAAGAUCUCCAUGCCUGAUGUGGACUUGCACUUGAAAGGCCCCAAAGUCAAAGGGGACGUGGACGUGAAUGUGUCUGUGCCCAAGAUAGAAGGUGAAAUGAAAGUGCCAGAUGUGGACAUCAAAGGACCCAAAGUGGACAUCAGUGCCCCAGAUGUGGACGUUCAAGGUCCGGACUGGCACCUGAAGAUGCCCAAGAUGAAAAUGCCCAAAUUCAGUGUGCCUGGAGUCAAAGCAGAGGGUCCGGAAGUGGACUUGAGUCUGCCCAAGGCUGAUAUUGACAUUUCUGGACCAAAAGUUGAUGUUGAAGCUCCAGAGGUGAGCCUUGAGGGUCCAGAUGGCAAGCUGAAGGGCCCCAAGUUCAAGAUGCCAGAGAUGCACUUCAAGACCCCCAAGAUCUCCAUGCCUGAUGUGGACUUGCACUUGAAAGGCCCCAAAGUCAAAGGGGACGUGGACGUGAAUGUGUCUGUGCCCAAGAUAGAAGGUGAAAUGAAAGUGCCAGAUGUGGACAUCAAAGGACCCAAAGUGGACAUCAGUGCCCCAGAUGUGGAUGUCCAAGGUCCAGACUGGCACCUGAAGAUGCCCAAGAUGAAAAUGCCCAAGUUCAGUGUGCCUGGAGUUAAAGCAGAGGGCCCAGAAGUGGAUGUGAGUCUGCCCAAGGCUGAUAUUGACAUCUCUGGACCUAAGGUGGACAUUGAAGGACCUGAUGUGAGCCUUGAGGGUCCAGAAGGAAAACUGAAGGGCCCUAAGUUUAAGAUGCCUGAGAUGCACUUCAAGGCCCCCAAAAUCUCCAUGCCUGACGUAAACCUGAAUCUUAAGGGGCCAAAACUGAAGGGAGAUGUGGAUGUGUCUUUGCCUGAUGUAGAAGGUGAAAUGAAAGUGCCCGAUGUUGAUGUUAAAGGCCCCAAAGUCGAUGUCAGUGUCCCAGAGGUGGAUGUCCAUGGCCCAGACUGGCAUCUGAAGAUGCCCAAGAUGAAGAUGCCCAAGUUCGGCAUGCCCGGCUUCAAAGCGGAGGGUCCAGAAGUGGACGUGAACCUGCCCAAGGCUGACCUGGGCAUCUCAGGUCCUAAGGUGGACAUUGAAGUUCCAGAUGUGAAUAUUGAAGGUCCUGAUGCAAAACUAAAAAGCCCGAAGUUUAAGAUACCAGAAAUGAACAUAAAAUCUCAGAAGAUAUCCAUGCCAGAUGUUAGUUUGAAUUUAAAAGGUUCCAAAAUUAAAGGGGAUUAUGAUGUUACAGUUCCAAAAGUUGAAGGAGAGAUAAAAGCUCCUGAUGUCAGCAUUAAAGGCCCCAAAGUGGACAUUAAUGCACCAGAUGUGGGAGUUCAUGGCCCAGACUGGCACCUGAAGAUGCCCAAAGUGAAAAUGCCCAAGUUCAGCAUGCCUGGCUUCAAAGGAGAGGGCCCGGAUGUGGAUGUGAACCUGCCUAAGGCUGACAUGGAUGUCUCAGGCCCCAAGGUGGACACUGAAGUUCCAGAUGUGAACAUUGAAGGGCCAGAGGGAAAACUGAAGGGCCCCAAGUUCAAGAUGCCAAACGUGAAUAUACAGACACACAAAAUUUCUAUGCCUGAUGUUGGACUUAAUCUGAAAACCCCUAAACUGAAAACUGAUGUAAGUGUUUCCCUUCCUAAAGUGGAAGGUGAUUUGAAAGGUCCUGAAAUUGAUAUGAAAGCCCCUAAGAUGGAUAUGGAUGUUGGUGAUAUUGAUAUUGAAUGCCCAGAAGGAAAGUUGAAAGGCCCCAAGUUCAAGAUGCCUGAGAUGCACUUCAAGACCCCCAAGCUCUCCAUGCCUGAUGUGGACUUGCACUUAAAAGGCCCCAAAGUCAAAGGGGACGUGGACGUGGAUGUGUCUGUGCCCAAGAUAGAAGGUGAAAUGAAAGUGCCGGAUGUGGACAUCAAAGGACCCAAAGUGGACAUCAGUGCCCCAGAUGUGGACGUCCAUGGGCCAGAUUGGCACCUGAAGAUGCCCAAGAUGAAGAUGCCCAAGUUCAACAUGCCUGGCUUCAAAGCAGAAGGCCCGGAGGUUGAUGUGAGCCUGCCCAAAGCUGAUCUGGAUGUUUCUGGCCCCAAAGUGGACAUUGAUGUUCCUGAUGUGGAUAUUGAAAGUCCGGAAGGAAAAUUAAAAGGCUCUAAAUUCAAGAUGCCUAAGUUAAAUAUCAAAUCUCACAAGAUAUCCAUGCCUGAUGUGGACUUGAAUUUGAAGGGACCCAAACUGAAAGGAGAGAUAGAUGUUUCUGUGCCAGAACUAGAAGGUGAUCUCAAAGGCCCGCAGGUUGAUAUCAAAGGUCCCAGCGUGGACGUGGAGAUGCCUGAUGUGAAUCUUGAAUGUCCUGAUGCAAAGUUGAAAGGCCCCAAGUUCAAGAUGCCAGACAUGCACUUCAAGACUCCCAAGAUCUCCAUGCCUGAUGUGGACUUGCACUUGAAAGGCCCCAAAGUCAAAGGGGAUGUGGACGUGAAUGUGUCUGUGCCCAAGAUAGAAGGUGAAAUGAAAGUGCCAGAUGUGGACAUCAAAGGACCCAAAGUGGACAUCAGUGCCCCAGAUGUGGACGUUCAAGGUCCGGACUGGCACCUGAAGAUGCCCAAGAUGAAGAUGCCCAAGUUCAGCAUGCCUGGCUUCAAAGCAGAGGGGCCAGAAGUGGACGUGAACCUGCCCAAGGCUGACCUUGACAUCUCUGGACCCAAGGUGGACAUUGAAGCUCCAGAUGUGAAUCUUGAAUGUCCAGAUGCAAAACUGAAGGGGCAUAAGUUUAAGAUGCCAGACAUGCACUUCAAGGCACCCAAGAUCUCCAUGCCUGAUGUGGACUUGCACUUGAAAGGCCCCAAAGUCAAGGGGGAUGUGGAUGUGUCUGUGCCAAAACUGGAGGGAGAUUUGAAGGGUCCCAGCGUGGAUGUGGAGAUGCCUGAUGUCAAUUUGGAAUGUCCCGAAGCAAAGUUGAAAGGCCCGAAGUUCAAGAUGCCUGAGAUGCACUUCAAGACCCCCAAGAUCUCCAUGCCUGAUGUGGACUUGCACAUGAAAGGCCCCAAAGUCAAGGGGGACGUGGACGUGAAUGUAUCUGUGCCCAAGAUAGAAGGUGAAAUGAAAGUGCCAGAUGUGGACAUCAAAGGACCCAAAGUGGACAUCAAUGCCCCAGAUGUGGACGUCCAUGGGCCAGACUGGCACCUGAAGAUGCCCAAGAUGAAGAUGCCCAAGUUCAGCAUGCCUGGCUUCAAAGCAGAGGGGCCAGAAGUGGACGUGAACCUGCCCAAGGCUGACCUUGACAUCUCUGGACCCAAGGUGGACAUUGAAGCUCCAGAUGUGAAUCUUGAAUGUCCAGAUGCAAAACUGAAGGGGCAUAAAUUUAAGAUGCCAGACAUGCACUUCAAGGCACCCAAGAUCUCCAUGCCUGAUGUGGACUUGCACUUGAAAGGCCCCAAAGUCAAGGGGGAUGUGGAUGUGUCUGUGCCAAAACUGGAGGGAGAUUUGAAGGGUCCCAGUGUGGAUGUGGAGAUGCCUGAUGUUGAUCUGGAAUGUCCUGAUGCAAAGUUGAAAGGCCCGAAGUUCAAGAUGCCUGAGAUGCACUUCAAGACCCCCAAGAUCUCCAUGCCUGAUGUGGACUUGCACAUGAAAGGCCCCAAAGUCAAGGGGGACGUGGACGUGAAUGUGUCUGUGCCCAAGAUAGAAGGUGAAAUGAAAGUGCCAGAUGUGGACAUCAAAGGACCCAAAGUGGACAUCAAUGCCCCAGAUGUGGAUGUCCAUGGGCCAGACUGGCACCUGAAGAUGCCCAAGAUGAAGAUGCCCAAGUUCAGCAUGCCUGGCUUCAAAGCAGAGGGGCCAGAAGUGGACGUGAACCUGCCCAAGGCUGACCUUGACAUCUCUGGACCCAAGGUGGACAUUGAAGCCCCUGAUGUGAACAUUGAGGGUCCAGAAGGAAAACUGAAAGGCCCGAAAUUCAAGAUGCCUGAGAUGCACUUUCAUGCCCCCAAGAUCUCCAUGCCUGAUGUUGAUUUCAACUUAAAGGGGCCUAAAAUUAAAGGUGACCUAGAUGUUUCUGCCCCAAAGCUGGAGGGAGAGUUAAAGGGUCCAGAACUUGAUAUUAAGGGCCCCAAAUUGGAUGUGGACAUGCCAGAUGUAGCUGUGGAAGGCCCAGAUGGCAAAUGGAAAAGUCCGAAGUUUAAGAUGCCAGACAUGCACUUUAAAACGCCCAAAAUCUCCAUGCCAGACAUUGAUCUACACUUAAAAAGCCCCAAGAUAAAGGGAGAGAUGGAUGUAGAUAUUCCUAAACUGGAAGGUGAUCUCAAAGGGCCAGAUAUCGAUGUUGAAGGGCCAGAGGGCAAAUUGAAAGGCCCCAAGUUCAAGAUGCCUGAAAUGCAUCUCAAAGCACCAAAUAUUUCUAUGCCUGAUGUGGACCUAAAUCUGAAAGGACCCAAAAUCAAGGGGGAUGUAGAUGUCUCUGUGCCAGAGGUAGAAGGAAAAAUUAAAGUACCAGAUGUAAACAUCAAGGGACCUAAAGUAGACAUAAAUGCUCCUGAAGUCCAUGGCCCAGACUGGCACCUGAAGAUGCCCAAGAUGAAAAUGCCCAAGUUUGGCAUGCCUGGCUUCAAGGCAGAGGGUCCAGAAGUGGACGUGAGCCUGCCCAAGGCUGACAUUGACAUCUCAGGCCCCAAGGUGGACAUUGAUGUUCCAGAUGUGAAUAUUGAAGGUCCUGAUGCAAAACUGAAGGGGCCCAAGUUCAAGAUGCCCGAGGUGAACAUCAAAGCUCCCAAGAUCUCCAUGCCUGACAUUGAUUUGAACCUGAAAGGUCCCAAGGUGAAGGGUGAUGUGGAUGUUUCCCUGCCAAAGGUGGAAGGUGACCUCAAGGGCCCUGAAAUUGACAUCAAGGGCCCCAAAGUGGACAUUGACACCCCAGAUGUGGGCAUCCAUGGCCCAGACUGGCACCUGAAGAUGCCCAAAGUGAAAAUGCCCAAGUUUGGCAUGCCUGGCUUCAAGGCAGAGGGCCCGGAAGUGGACGUGAACCUGCCCAAGGCUGACAUUGACAUCUCAGGCCCCAAAGUGGACAUUGAUGUUCCAGAUGUGAAUAUUGAAGGUCCUGAUGCAAAACUGAAGGGGCCCAAGUUCAAGAUGCCCGAGAUGAACAUCAAAGCUCCUAAGAUCUCCAUGCCUGACAUUGAUUUGCACUUGAAAGGUCCCAAGGUGAAGGGUGAUGUGGAUGUUUCCCUGCCAAAGGUGGAAGGUGACCUCAAGGGCCCUGAAAUUGACAUCAAGGGCCCCAAAGUGGACAUUGACACCCCAGAUGUGGAUGUUCAUGGUCCAGACUGGCACCUGAAGAUGCCCAAGAUAAAAAUGCCCAAAUUCGGCAUGCCUGGCUUUAAGGCAGAGGGCCCGGAAGUGGAUGUGAGCUUGCCCAAGGCUGACAUUGACAUCUCAGGUCCCAAAGUGGACAUUGAUGUUCCAGAUGUGAAUAUUGAAGGUCCUGAUGCAAAACUGAAGGGCCCCAAGUUCAAGAUGCCUGAGAUGAACAUCAAAGCCCCCAAGAUCUCCAUGCCUGACAUUGAUAUUAAUCUGAAGGGCCCCAAGGUGAAGGGUGAUGUGGAUUUAUCUUUGCCAAAAGUGGAAGGUGAGAUUAAAGUUCCUGAAGUGGAUAUUAAAGGCCCCAAAGUGGACAUUGACACCCCAGAUGUGGAUGUCCAUGGCCCAGACUGGCACCUGAAGAUGCCCAAGAUGAAAAUGCCCAAGUUCGGCAUGCCUGGCUUCAAAGCAGAGGGCCCAGAAGUGGACGUGAACCUGCCCAAGGCUGACAUUGAUAUCUCAGGCCCCAAGGUGGACAUUGAAGGUCCAGAUGUCAACAUUGAAGGUCCAGAUGCAAAACUAAAAGGUCCCAAGUUCAAGAUGCCAGAAAUGAACAUCAAAGCCCCCAAGAUAUCUAUGCCAGAUUUGGACCUUAAUCUUAAAGGUCCCAAAAUGAAAGGUGAGGUGGAUGUGUCACUUCUAAGUGUCGAAGGUGAUUUGAAAGGGCCGACUCUUGAUGUCAAGGGUCCAAAGAUAGAUAUUGAUGUACCAGAUGUUGACAUUCAUGGCCCAGAAGGUAAAUUGAAAGGUCCAAAGCUGAAGAUGCCUGACAUGCAUAUGAACAUGCCCAAGAUCUCUAUGCCAGAAAUUGACCUAAAUUUAAAAGGCUCGAAGCCCAAGGGAGAUAUUGAUGUUUCUGGGCCCAAAUUGGAAGGUGACAUUAAAGCUCCCAAGUUGGAUAUAAAGGGCCCUGAAUUGGACAUUUCUGCUCCCAAGGUCAACAUUGAAGGAAAGUCGAAGAAGUCUCGUUUUAAGCUUCCCAAAUUUAAUUUUUCAGGCUCCAAAGUUCAGACACCUGAGGUUGAUGUCAAAGUUAAAAAGCCAGAUAUUGAUGUAACAGGUCCAAAGGUUGAUAUUAAUGCUCCUGAUGUUGAGGUCCAAGGAAAAGUGAAAGGAUCCAAGUUCAAAAUGCCUUUCCUGAGUAUUUCAUCCCCUAAAGUUUCUAUGCCUGAUGUGGAGUUAAAUCUGAAAGGACCUAAGGUCAAAGGCGACUUGGAUGUUGUAGGGCCUAAUUUAGAAGGAGAAUUGAAAGGGCCCAAACUGGAUGUAAAGGCACCUGACGUUCACCUGGAUGCACCUGAUGUGGAUGUUCAUGGUCCAGAAUGGAACGUGAAAAUGCCUAAGAUGAAAAUGCCCAAGUUCGGAGUCCCCAGCUUAAAAGCAGAAGCCCCAGACAUGACUGUGGAGCUCCCAAAAGGAGAUAUCAACAUAGAGGGUCCCGGUUUGGACAUUGAAGGCCCAGAAAUCAAUGUGGAAGGCUUAGAAGGAGGCUUAAAAGGCCCCAAACUCAAGAUGCCUGAUAUCAAUAUCAAAGCUCCCAAGAUCUCUAUGCCUGAUAUUGAUUUAAACUUGAAGGGCCCCAAGGUGAAAGGUGAGGUGGAUGUUUCUCUGCCCAAAGUAGAAGGGAACCUGAAAGGGCCAGAGGUUGAUAUCAAAGGCCCCAAAGUGGACCUUGAUGCCCCAGAUGUGGAUGUUCAAGGACCAGACUGGCACCUGAAGAUGCCCAAGAUGAAAAUGCCUAAGUUUGGCAUGCCCGGCUUCAAAGGAGAGGGCCCGGAAGUGGAUGUUACACUCCCUAAAGCUGACAUUGAUAUUUCAGGGCCAAAAGUGGACAUUACUGCUCCAGAUGUGAAUAUUGAAGGUCCAGAUGCAAAAUUGAAGGGCCCCAAAUUCAAGAUGCCUGAGAUGAACAUCAAAGCCCCCAAAAUCUCUAUGCCUGAUCUUGACCUGAACCUGAAGGGUCCCAAAAUGAAGGGUGAUGUGGACAUGUCUUUCCCCAAAGUGGAAGGUGACCUAAAAGGUCCAGAAUUGGACAUCAAGGGCCCCAAAGUAGACAUUGACACUCCUGAUAUUAACAUUGAAGGUCCAGAGGGCAAACUGAAGGGACCCAAAUUCAAGAUGCCAGAGAUGCACAUAAAGGCUCCCAAGAUCUCCAUGCCUGACCUUGACUUAAACUUGAAGGGCCCUAAGAUGAAGGGUGAUGUGGAUGUUUCCCUGCCAAAAAUUGAAGGGGAUCUAAAAGGUCCUGAGAUUGAUAUCAAAGGGCCCAAAGUGGAUAUUGAUGCCCCAGAUGUGGACGUGCAUGGCCCAGACUGGCACCUGAAGAUGCCCAAGAUAAAAAUGCCCAAGUUCGGCAUGCCUGGCUUCAAAGGAGAGGGUCCGGAUGUGGAUGUGAACCUGCCCAAGGCUGACAUUGACAUCUCAGGCCCCAAAAUGGACAUUGAUGUUCCAGAUGUGAAUAUUGAAGGUCCUGAUGCAAAACUGAAGGGGCCCAAGUUCAAGAUGCCUGAGAUGAACAUCAAAGCCCCCAAGAUCUCCAUGCCUGACAUUGAUUUGCACCUGAAAGGUCCCAAGGUGAAGGGUGAUGUGGAUGUUUCCCUGCCAAAGGUGGAAGGUGACCUCAAGGGCCCUGAAAUUGACAUCAAGGGCCCCAAAGUGGAUAUUGAUGCUCCAGAUGUGGACAUCCAUGGCCCGGACUGGCACCUGAAGAUGCCCAAGAUAAAAAUGCCCAAGUUCGGCAUGCCUGGCUUCAAAGGAGAGGGUCCGGAUGUGGAUGUGAACCUGCCCAAGGCUGACAUUGACAUCUCAGGUCCCAAAGUGGACAUUGAUGUUCCAGAUGUGAAUAUUGAAGGUCCUGAUGCAAAACUGAAGGGGCCCAAGUUCAAGAUGCCUGAGAUGAACAUCAAAGCCCCCAAGAUCUCCAUGCCUGACAUUGAUUUGCACCUGAAAGGUCCCAAGGUGAAGGGUGAUGUGGAUGUUUCCCUGCCAAAGGUGGAAGGUGACCUCAAGGGCCCUGAAAUUGACAUCAAGGGCCCCAAAGUGGACAUUAAUGUCCCGGAUGUAGACGUCCAUGGCCCAGACUGGCACCUAAAGAUGCCCAAGAUGAAAAUGCCCAAGUUUGGCAUGCCCGGCUUCAAGGCAGAGGGCCCGGAAGUGGAUGUGAACCUGCCCAAGGCUGACAUUGACAUCUCUGGACCCAAGGUGGACAUUGAUGUUCCAGAUGUGAAUAUUGAAGGUCCAGAUGCAAAACUGAAGGGCCCCAAGUUUAAAAUGCCUGACCUGCACCUCAAGGCCCCCAAGAUUUCCAUGCCUGAAGUUGACCUGAAUCUGAAGGGCCCGAAGGUGAAGGGUGAUGUGGACCUUUCUCUGCCCAAAGUGGAAGGUGACCUCAAGGGCCCUGAAGUUGACAUCAAGGGCCCCAAAGUAGAUAUUGAUGUCCCAGAUGUGGACGUCCAUGGCCCAGACUGGCACCUGAAGAUGCCCAAAGUGAAAAUGCCCAAAUUCGGCAUGCCCGGCUUCAAAGGAGAGGGUCCAGAAGUGGACGUGAGCCUGCCCAAGGCUGACAUUGACAUCUCAGGCCCCAAGGUGGACAUUGAUGUUCCAGAUGUGAAUAUUGAAGGUCCUGAUGCAAAACUGAAGGGGCCCAAGUUCAAGAUGCCCGAGGUGAACAUCAAAGCUCCCAAGAUCUCCAUGCCUGACAUUGAUUUGAACCUGAAAGGUCCCAAGGUGAAGGGUGAUGUGGAUGUUUCCCUGCCAAAGGUGGAAGGUGACCUCAAGGGCCCUGAAAUUGACAUCAAGGGCCCCAAAGUGGACAUUGACACCCCAGAUGUGGGCAUCCAUGGCCCAGACUGGCACCUGAAGAUGCCCAAAGUGAAAAUGCCCAAGUUCGGCAUGCCUGGCUUCAAGGCAGAGGGCCCAGAAGUGGACGUGAGCUUGCCAAAGGCUGACAUUGACAUCUCUGGCCCCAAGGUGGACAUUGAUGCUCCCGAUGUGAAUAUUGAAGGUCCUGAUGCAAAACUGAAGGGGCCCAAGUUCAAGAUGCCCGAGAUGAACAUCAAAGCCCCCAAGAUCUCCAUGCCCGAUCUUGAUUUUAACUUGAAGGGCCCCAAAGUGAAGGGUGAUGUGGGUGUCUCUCUUCCCAAAGUGGAAGGUGAGCUCAAGGGCCCUGAAAUUGACAUAAAAGCCCCCAAAGUGGACAUAGACAGUCCUGAUAUCAACAUUGAAGGUCCAGAAGGAAAACUGAAGGGCCCCAAAUUUAAGAUGCCAGAGAUGCACAUCAAAGCCCCCAAGAUCUCCAUGCCUGACCUUGACUUAAAUCUGAAAGGGCCAAAGGUCAAGGGGGAUGUGGAUCUUUCACUACCUAAGCUAGAAGGGGAUCUGAAAGGGCCAGGAGUGGACAUUGAAGUUCCUGAAGGGCAUCUCAAAGGUCCCAAAUUCAAGAUACCUGAUGUCCAUUUCAAAACCCCACAAAUUUCCAUGAGUGACAUUGAUUUGAACUUGAAAGGUCCUAAGGUCAAAGGAGAUUUGGACAUUUCUGUUCCUAAAUUGGAAGGAGAUCUGAAAGGCCCCAAAGUGGAUAUUAAAGGCCCCAAGUUGGACAUUGACACUCCCGACUUUGACAUUCAUGGUCCAGAAGGGAAACUCAAGGGUCCCAAGUUUAAAAUGCCUGACCUGCACCUCAAGGCCCCCAAGAUUUCCAUGCCUGAAGUUGACCUGAAUCUGAAGGGCCCGAAGGUGAAGGGUGAUGUGGACCUUUCUCUGCCCAAAGUGGAAGGUGACCUCAAGGGCCCUGAAGUUGACAUCAAGGGCCCCAAAGUAGAUAUUGAUGUCCCAGAUGUGGACGUCCAUGGCCCAGACUGGCACCUGAAGAUGCCCAAAGUGAAAAUGCCCAAAUUCGGCAUGCCCGGCUUCAAAGGAGAGGGUCCGGAAGUGGAUGUGAACCUGCCCAAGGCUGACAUUGACUUCUCAGGCCCCAAGGUGGACAUUGAUGUUCCAGAUGUGAAUAUUGAAGGUCCAGAUGCAAAACUGAAGGGACCCAAGUUCAAGAUGCCCGAGAUAAAUAUCAAAGCUCCCAAGAUCUCCAUGCCUGAUGUUGACCUGGAAUUGAAAGGACCUAAAGUAAAAGGAGAUUUUGAUGUUUCUGUUCCUAAGAUUGAGGGUGCUUUCAAAGGCCCAGAAGUUGACCUUAAAGGCCCAGGUCUGGAUUUUGAAGGCCCUGAUGCGAAACUCAGUGGCCCACAUUUGAAGAUGCCUUCAUUGGAUAUAUCUGCCCCUAAAAUAACUGCUCCUGAUAUUGAUUUGCAUCUCAAAGCUCCCAAAAUUGGAAUUUCUGGUCCCAAGUUAGAAGGUGGUGAACUGGACCUCAAGGGGCCCAAAGUUGAUUUAGAAGCUCCAAGCUUAGAUGUACACAUGGAGACCCCAGAUAUGAACAUUGAGGGACCAGAUGUGAAAGUCCCCAAGUUUAAGAAACCCAAGUUUGGAUUUGGGGCCAAAAGCCCCAAAGCUGACAUCAAAUCACCUUCGCUGGAAGUGACUGUUCCGGAGGCAGAGCUCAACGUUGAGACGCCUGAAAUUAGUGUUGGUGGCAAGGGCAAGAAAAGUAAGUUUAAAAUGCCAAAAAUUCACAUGAGUGGUCCUAAAAUGAAGGCCAAAAAGCAGGGAUUUGAUUUGAAUGUUCCUGGGGGUGAAAUUGACGCCAGUCUCCAGACUCCUGAUGUUGAUGUUAAUCUCGCAGGGCCGGAUGCCUCUCUUAAAGUUGAUGUGAAAUCUCCCAAAACCAAAAAAACUAUGUUUGGAAAGAUGUACUUUCCCGAUGUAGAAUUUGACAUUAAAUCACCUAAAUUUAAAGCGGAGGCCCCUCUCCCUAGCCCCAAAAUAGAGGGUGAAAUCCAGGCACCCGAUCUGGAUAUUUCUUCACCAGGGAUUAAUGUGGAAGGUCCUGAUAUCAAGCUGAAGGCUCCUAAGUUCAAGAUGCCAGAUGUGGAAGUGUCAGGGCCAAAAAUAGAGGGUGAUCUGAAGGGCCCCAGGGUGCAGGCAAACUUGGAUGCAUCUGGCAUCAACAUCGAAGGCCCAGAUGCUAAGGUCAAAACUCCGUCAUUUGGCAUCUCUGCCCCUCAAGUCUCCAUCCCUGAAGUGAACGUUAACUUGAAAGGCCCAAAGAUAAAGGGGGAUGUCCCAGGUGUGGGGCUGGAAGGACCAGACAUAGACCUGCAAGGUCCAGAAUCGAAAAUCAAGUUCCCCAAGUUUUCGAUGCCCAAGAUUGGUGUCCCUGGUCUGAAAAUGGAAGGUGGAGGUGCUGAGGUCCAGCUGCCCUCUCUUGAAGGAGGCUUGAGUGCACCAGAUGUUAAGCUCGAAGGGCCUGAUGUAUCUCUGAAAGGGCCAAAAGUAGACUUACCUUCGGUGAACCUCUCUAUGCCAAAAGUCUCAGGGCCUGACCUUGACCUGAACUUGAAGGGACCAAGUCUGAAGGGAGAUCUGGAUGCCUCUGUCCCAAGCCUGAAGAUGCAGGCCCCAGGACUUGAUCUCAAAGGUGGCAGUGGGAAGGUGAAAUUGCCGGGAAUCGAUGUCAUGUCAUCCGUGAAUGUUGCUGCACCAGAGGUGACCCUGAAGGGACCAAGCCUGCAGGGAGACCUGGCUGUCUCUGGUGAUGUCAAGUGCCCUAAAGUGUCAGUCGGUGGCCCCGAUCUCAGCUUGGAGGCACCAGAAGGUGGCAUCAAACUUCCUCAGAUGAAGCUGCCUCAAUUUGGCAUCUCCACCCCAGGGUCUGACUUGGACGUCGGCAUCCACGGGCCACAAGUCACCGGAGAGCUCAAGGGGCCAGGCCUGAGCCUGAAAGGGCCUCAGAUCUCAGCACCAGAUGUGGACUUAAGCUUGGAAGGACCAAAAGUGAAAGGGAGCUUCGGGGCCAGUGGCGAGAUGAAAGGCCCGAUAGUUGGAGGAAGUCUCCCUGGCGUCAGUGUGCAAGGCCUGGACGGAAGCCUCCAGAUGCCUGGGGUGAAUGUGAAACUCCCAACAGGGCAGCUCUCUGGUCCUGAAAUCAAGGGUGAUCUGAAAGGGUCAGGCUUAGGUUUCCACGGGGCUGCUCCUGACAUCAGUGUGAAGGGGCCUUCAUUGAGUAUGGCUGCUCCUGAAUCAGAGUUUGGUGUCAGCUUGAAGGGCCCCAAGAUCAAAGGUGGUGUGGAUGUUUCAGGGGGUGUCAGCACUCCAGACAUCAGCCUGGGCGAAGGGCAUAUGAACAUCAAAAGUUCCGGUGUUGAGUGGAAAGGACCUGCUGUCAACGUGGAUGCCCCCAGAUUUGCUGGAGGACUUCAUUGCUCAGGACCAAAGGUAGAAGGAGGUGUCAAAGGAGGGCAGGUUGGACUCCAGGGUCCUGGGCUGGGUGUGUCUGGGCCUCAAGCUCACUUGGAAAGUGGAUCUGGAAAGGUAACAUUCCCCAAGAUGAAGAUCCCCAAGUUCACCUUCUCUGGCCGUGAGCUGGUUGGCAGAGAAGUGGGGGUGGAUAUCAACUUCCCUAAAGCGGAAGCCAGUGUCCAGGCGGCUGCUGGAGAGGGCGAGUGGGACGAGGCCGACGGCAAACUUAAGAAGUCCAAAAUCAAAAUGCCCAAAUUUAAUUUUUCCAAACCUAAAGGGAAAGGAGGUGCCACAGGCUCGCCGGAAGCCUCCAUCUCAGGGUCCAAAGGUGACCUGAAGAGCUCGAAGGCCAGUCUGGGCUCCCUGGAAGGAGAGGUCGAGGCUGAGGCAUCAUCUCCCAAGGGCAAAUUCUCCUUAUUUAAGAGUAAGAAGCCCCGGCACCGCUCCAAUUCCUUCAGUGACGAGAGGGAAUUCUCUGCGCCUUCCACCCCGACUGGAACUUUGGAAUUUGAAGGUGGCGAAGUGUUGGUGGAAGGUGGGAAAGUCAAAGGGAAACAGGGGAAGCUGAAGUUUGGUACCUUUGGUGGAUUGGGGUCAAAGAGCAAAGGUCAUUACGAGGUCACCGGGAGCGACGAGGAGGCCGGCAAGUUGCAAGGGAGCGGAGUGUCCUUGGCCUCUAAGAAGUCCCGCCUGUCAUCUUCUUCCAGCAACGACAGUGGAACGAAGGUUGGCAUCCAGCUGCCGGAGGUGGAGCUAUCGGUCUCCACGAAGAAAGAGUAGUGGGCCGCCGAGGGUGUGUACAUAUAUAUAUAUAAAAUACAUCAGCCUUGGGUGUGUUUGUAUAUAAACUGCAAAGAGAAACACACCGACAGCCUCAGCAAUAAUGCAAAGAUCUUGCCUCUCCCAGCGGCAAGCACUGAAGAACCAACCGCCUCUCGGCUCCUGGAGCUUGACAGAGGGGUAAAGAGUUACAAGUCCUCCAGCCCAGGUGCAAGUUCAGCAGUAUUUGCCUUGAGAUUUCAGUUGUUUUUUUGUUUUUUUUUUUUUUUUUGCAUUAAAUGCUGAGAACUAUUGUUUACUAAGCAAGCUUUUGUGUUUAUUAUUCUCAUUUUUACUGAACAUUAUUAGUGUUGUGGUAAUGGAAACUCAUUUUUUUUUCAUUGUAAUGACUUUUGGGGGGUUUGUUAGUAAGGGUGGGGUGGGGUAGAAGGCCGGACAAGAGGUCAACUCUCUGUUUCUUGAAGAGUGGCUCUUCUUGGACAGCAAACGCCCAAAGAUGGCUGAGACCCGCUGCCGGUGGGGCGUGUGGGUGUUUCUAGAGCUCUCUAAUGUUGCUUUUUCCCCAGGGAGGGGUGGUGGUCCCAAGCCAGUUUGGUGCUCACAGUGAGAGGGAAUUAGAAUCUGUUUGCAAAUUGUCCAGCCAGCCAGCUCAACGUGAGGGGCUUCCAUUCUGUGCAUUGUUGGAGAAGUUUUUCUUCAAGACCGCCAUGUUCCUGUCAGGUCUGGCUUAUAGUAAAUGAACUAAUGAUUAAGAAAUUUUCCAGCACUUUAAUGGCAGUUUAAGUGAGAAUCUAAGAAAAUUUAUUUCUUUUCCAAAGAAAAUAAAGCUAUUAA